GCAUUCACAUUGCGUUAUUAUAAAUCCACACAUUCCCUCCUCCGCCUUUGCGUCAUCACAACUCUACCUAAUUCCUCUCCGUUCAAUUCGAAUCGAUUUCUCCCACACUCUCUUCCUCCGCCGCUGCCUCUCGAUUGAUCCUUUUCCUGUUUCAAUUCCUCUUUCCAGUUGUGUGAUCAUCCCAAAACGAUUCACAGUUUUCCUUUGUGAAUGGUGGAAAUCUCGGGCGCACAAUUGAUGGUCAUCCCUUCUUCUUCUAUUCAAAGAAGAGGGGUUUCGCUUUCGACCGCUACCUCCUUCUGCUUCGGCUCUUGCAUGGAAGGCUGGUACUACCGCUGCCAAGGCCUCGACCCGUGAACUCACGCCAGAUUCAUUUUUUUUUAUUUUCCCCCUUUUUGAUUUAAUUCGUUAAUUCUCACUCGUAAAAGAAAAUCGAAGAAAAAACAAUGUUGCUUUACAAGCAGAAGAAGACUCCGGCGGCGAAGGUGAACCGGUUCCUGAUCAGCGUUACGUUUCUGGGUAGCGCCGGUCCAAUCCGGUUCGUGGUGAAGGAGGAGGAGCUCGUUGCUGCUGUGAUUGAUACGGCGCUGAAAUCGUAUGCGCGUGAGGGCAGGCUCCCUAUCCUUGGAUCUGAUCUCAACAAUUUCAUGCUCUAUUGCCCGAUUGCUGGAACUGAAGCUCUGAGUCCAUGGGAGACGAUUGGAUCGAUGGGCGUUCGGAAUUUUGUGCUGUGCAAGAAGCCUGAAACGGAGAAGGCAAAGGCGACUGAGAGUGAGAAGCUGCCCCGCAAGGGAUCUGGCAGCUGGAAAUCAUGGUUCAAUAAAUCACUCAAUUCCAAGAUAUCUUCCCAUUGAAUAAUGAGAUGGUUUUAUUUAUUAUCUAUAUUUUGUUGGUUUGUUUCGGCUUGGUUGUGAAUUGGGGUUGAAAUAACUUGAACCUUUUGUUCUGGUGCCCUGCUUUAUUUUGAUUCAUCAGUCAUUUCUUGUUUUUCUCCUCUUUUAGAAUUGUACUCUUCAUUGAUUGUGCAAUUAUUUUUAUUUUGAUUCAGUCGGUUCUUGUUAAUCUUUUCAAUUGUACACUUCAUUGAAUCAUAGAAUCAUUUUUUUUAUUUA